GAAAAAGAAGAAGAAAGCCGCUUCGUAGGGAAAUUCGUGUUUUUGACAAAUUUGUCAACGCUUACUACGAUUUACAAGAAUUUGUGCAUUAAAAAAAAACAAUAGCAAACAUGACAGAUAAGGCUCAGGAACAGAGCAUCAUGGACAAGUCCAUGAGGUCGGUUUUCGUGGGGAAUAUACCUUACGAAGCUACCGAGGAGAAGCUAAAGGAGAUUUUCAGCGAAGUCGGGCCGGUUUUAUCGCUCAAGUUGGUAUUCGAUCGGGAAAGUGGCAAACCGAAAGGUUUCGGUUUCUGUGAGUACAAAGACCAGGAGACGGCAUUGAGUGCCAUGCGAAAUCUGAAUGGAUACGAAAUUGGUGGCAGGACACUUCGCGUGGAUAAUGCAUGUACGGAAAAGUCGCGGAUGGAGAUGCAGCAGCUGCUCCAGGGGCCCCAGGUGGAGAAUCCCUAUGGAGAACCAUGCGAACCGGAGGAUGCACCCGAACUAAUCACCAAAACUGUGGCUUCCUUGCCACCAGAGCAGAUGUACGAGCUGAUGAAGCAGAUGAAACUCUGCAUCGUGAGCAAUCCUUCGGAGGCACGACAGAUGCUCAUGCUCAAUCCUCAGCUGGCCUACGCUUUGCUCCAGGCCAUGGUGGUCAUGCGAAUUGUGGAUCCGCAGCAGGCACUCGGCAUGCUCUUUAAGGCCAACCAAAUGCCUCCAGUUUUGGGUGGCAAUUCGCACCAGGGACCGGGAAACAUGAUGGGCCAGCAGCAACAGCAAGUUCCGCAGCAACAGCAACCACAAAUUCCGCAGCAGCAAGUUCCACCGCCCCCAAUGCCUGUUCCCGGACCUGGUUUUCCAACCAAUGUCCAUCCAAACGAUAUCGAUUUGCGUAUGGUGCCCGGUGGACCCAUGCCGAUGGAUCCCAGGAUGUUGGGCCGUGGCAUGGAUCAGGAUCUCCGGGGAUCCCUUCCCAAUCCAGUCCCACCGCCACUAAUGGAUCCUCGGACACGUGCCCAAAUGCCUUCUCAACAGCAAGGUGUUUCGCAGCCACCACCGGCUCCCUACCCAAGCGAUCCACGCCAACGUCCCAUGGAUCCCAGGCUAAGAGCCGGACCUGGCCCUCAGCAGGCACCGCCGCAGGGCAUUCCCCAGGCGCCUCCGCCGACACAACAACAACAAGCGGCCGCUCAGCAGCUGCAGAGCAGAUUGGGGGCCCAUGGAGUUCUGCCCUCCGAUGCCUCAGACCAAGAGAAGGCCGCUCUUAUCAUGCAGGUGCUGCAACUGUCCGACGAGCAGAUCGCCCAAUUGCCCUCCGAGCAACGGGCCAGCAUCCUUAUGCUCAAGGAGCAAAUCGCCAAGAGCACACAGCGUUAGUGUCGAUCCGAUAUACACUAUUAUCAAAUCCACAUUUUGGUUUAUACAUGCAAAACUAUUUUCAAUUUGUAUCAAACAAUAAAAAGAAUAUUUCUCACA